CCUCUAGAUUAGAUGCUGCAGUUGGCAAGGCAGUUCUGCCUUCAAUAUUAGAUGCUAUUUCAAAGCUUUCUCUUCACUGUGGGGCUAUGCCAUGGGAGUCACCUGUGGAGCAUCCAAAGGAACACACUUAAAUAAGAAGGAGAUGUUACUCAUCUUAUGCAGUAACUGGAGUUCUUUGAGAUGUGUGUCCUUACAGGUGCUCCGCUACCUGCCCUACUUCCCCUCUGCUUCAGAGUUUCCUUUGUGGGACUUUGCAGUAGAGAAGGAACUGAGGGUGGUUCACCCAUGCAGUCCUAUACAUUCAUGGUAUGGGGCACAAGGAUGUAUAGAGUGCAUGCACAAGCUGAACAGGCAUUGUUAUCAAAAAAGCUCCGAUCAAAGUACAGGGGCCCAUGUGUACCUGAAAUGGAGCACCCAUAGGGACACACAUCUAAGCUUGAUCUACACUACAAAGUUAGGUUGACAUAUGCCCCGUUAGGUCAAGUUAAUACUAUAUGUGUCUACACUACUGAAUCCCUUCUACCAACCUAAAGAGCUUGUAAAGUCAACUUCUGUAAUCCAGCUCUGCGAGAGGCAUAGCACUUCAAUCAACAUCCACACACUGACAUGGGGAUAGCGUAGACACUGUGUUGUGUAAUUUGACUGAACUGGCCUCCUGGAGGUGUCCCACGGUGCUCUGCUGUGACCGCUCUGGAGAGCACUUUCAACUCCAGUGCAUUUCAAUCAGGUACACAGGAAACAGCUGUCCCCCUGUUAAAGCCCCAGGAACUUCUGAAUUUUCAUUUCCUGUUUGAUUGGCAUGGAGAGCUCAUUAUGCUCAAGGCCACAAAUGCGCUCCAGCAUGGAGCAUACAGGAGGUGAUGGAUCUUAUUGUUGUGUGGGGAGAAGAGUCUGUGCAGGCAGAGCUCCAAUUCGGCAGAAGAAAUGCUGAUAUCUGUGCCAAAAUUGCGCAGGGCAUGGGGGAGAAGGGCUAUACCAGGGACACACAGCAGUGCUGCAUGAAAAUAAAGGAGCUUCGUCAAACAUACCAGAAGACAAGGAAGGCGAACAGUUGCUCUGGUUCUGAGCCACAGACAUGCCGCUUCUAUGAAGAGCUGCAUGCACUUCUCAGCUGCGACCCCACCACUACCCCAAAACGCUUCAUGGAUACCUCUCAGGAGCUCCUGGCGACCUCGGGCAACAACAAGGAGGACACUGUUAAUGAGAAAGAGGAGGAGGAGGAGGAGAUUGUGAGUCAGGCAAGAGGAGGAUCUAUUCUCCCUGACAGCCAAGAACUAUUUUUAACUCUGGAGCCCAUCCCUUCACAGGACCAAUUGUUGGCAGAGUGUGAUGCCAGGGAAGGCACCUUUGCUGAAACCUUGUCCGUCGGCACAUCCUCCACACUGGGACAGAGACUUUCCCAGUUUUGAAGGCUGAAAAAGAAGACUCGGGAGGACAUGUUCAAUGAGUUAAUGCGGGCCUCCAAGAGUGACAAGAUGGAGCUCAGCGCAUGGAGGAUUAUACUGUCAGAGAGCCUGCACAAUAACCGCAAGGAUAGAAGAGCAUGCAGGGAAGAGGAGUGUGACAUGCAGGAUGAGAUGGUGAGGAUUAUGAGGGAGCAAACAGACAUGUUGAGGUGUCUGGUUGAGGUUUAAGAAAGACAGGUGGAUGCUAGAGUCCUGCUGCAGCCUAUGCUGAACCUGCUGCUAUUGUCGCCAAGUUCCACAUCCUCGUCUCCCAGAUGUCCUAGGAUGUGGCUAUGGGGGCGAGGGGAAGUCCAGUAUCCCUUGCACUCAGCACCAGGGGAGGGCACAAGGACCAGAAGGCGCCCAUUCCCACACCUUUGAUUGUUAUUGCAGUGUAUCUGUAAGCAAACUGUCCUUGUUUUGCCCU